CGCCGGUGACGUCACGGCCGCAGAGGGCGGGCCCGUCCGGCGCCGCGGCCUCUGGGCGCGUGCAGAGCGCGGUGCGGCCGAUGGCGGGUCCGGAGGCGGAGGCGGAGUUCCACCCGCUCAAGGCCCGAGAGGCGCCGGCCUCGCCGAGGGGGAGCGGGGCUCGGGACGCCGAGAAGGCGGCGGGCGGCGGCGCCCAGCCCAGGCGUCUCUCAAAGUGGCGCACCGCGGCCUUCUUCCUCUCGCUCUACCUUUGCCUCGGCGUGGCCUUCGCUUUCUCCUUCGUCAUCCCCUGCCCGGUCAGGCCCGUCUCGCAGACGACCUGGAGCAGGGCCUACGACGACGCCGCGGCCUACGCCUUCCUGGCCGCGGGGGACGCCGACGGGGACCGAGUGCAAGACGUGCUCGUGGCCUUCCUGGCCGGGCCCGGCAGCCGGAGCGACAGCGGAGCCGAUGAGGGCUCUUGCUUCGGAGCAGGCUUCGCCACCCCCUGCGCCUUCCUGGCGGCGCAUUCGGGCACCAACGGCACCACGCUGUGGAAAAGGCCGGUGGCCCAGGAGCUGCUCCUGACGGACUGCUCGGUGGAGCAUGGCGGCUCUCCGGCCUGCCUCAUCGUCGGGAAUCCGGCUUCCCUCGCGCUCCUCGACCUGGAAACGGGCCAGACUCGGUGGAAUGGGUCAGUCGAUUUUGGGACGAACUCUACAGUCUUGAGUCCCUUACUGAAGAUUCCUGAUAUUGACAAAGAUGGUGUGCCUGAUUUCUUGGUCUUUGCUGCCACAGGAGAGAAGAUUAAGAGCUUCUUCUAUUCAGGGACAUUUGGCACGCAAAUGAAAUUCCACGGAACCCUGCAUUUGCCAGGACUGAUUGGGCACCUCUUGCACGUCACCAAGAGCGGAGCCCACUACAUCCUGUUCUACACAGCAAAGGCUGUUUUUGCCUACUCUCUGAAGGAGCUCUAUCGCAUGGCUGUCGGCCCAGCAAGCCCAGCCCUAGCCACCCUGAAGGAAGAUGCGGGUUGGGAGAAGGCGAUUCCUCACAAGGCUCGAGAGGUGCCCCUAGCCAGCUCUGGAGAAAUUCAGUACGUGACGAAGAUGUCAGAGAAACCCGGGAGCCAUAUUUUGGUUGCAAGAUCGGCUAUGUUGGAGCUGGUGAAUGGACAGCGGCUGAGUUCAUUGUGGGUUGUUGGUGUGCCACACAUCCUGAGGGAGCCCGUCCUCGGAGCCUUUGGUCCCGAUGAGAUUGCCGUGGCCAUUGAAAGCAGAGUCUCGCAUGACACAAAAAAGGUUACAAUUGUGGAGGGCAGCUCUGGCGCCAUCAAGUGGGAAGUGGAGCUGCUGUCGGAAGUGCAGAGUCCCAAGCCAGCCACUCUUGCAACUGUUGAUCGCAGAUCCCUCUUCCUCUUUUGGGGCCUGUACCAGGACGAAAGAAAUGGAACUGGAUCUUGGCACGGAAGUCGGCAGCAGCGGCUGUACCUUUUCCAUCCCUCCCUGCCCACCGUCCUCUUAGAGCUGAGCAACAGUACCGACCCCAUAGUGGCCUUUGAAGGGUUGCUUUUUGAGCGAAGCCGCCAUGCCUGUUAUGUGCUGCUGGCAGGCCCCCAGGUUGGCAGCUCCCCUGGGAGAGUGGUCCUCUCAAAACGGAAACUGAAGGAAGAUAUUUUCAGCAGCCAUGUUAUCUGGCUCAAUCAGAUGCCCCAAGAUACAGACCAGAAUGUCCGGGACUAUUUCCACCGAAUGAAAUUCCGUACCUUUGAGUGGGGAGUAUAAUCCCAAAGGCUUUCAGACCUGAAGCUAGCCAGGGAGAAGAUGUUGCGUGCCUGGCCAUCUGGCUCCUCUUAGUCGUCCUUCCCCUGGAGCAGUGGACUGUGUGGCUCGGUGGUAUAACUGUGUCAGCCCUGGAAGUGCCUUGAGGGCCCUCUCAGAGUUGUAGCUGGCGUGGAUCCUAUGAGCUCCCCAAAGAAUCUGCCGAGCAACUCCAUCGGCUUUGGCUACCUCUGCUGCCAACGCAAUGCCCCUGGGCUGUCUGAUCUGCGGCUCACGUGGCUCCAAGCCAGGUCCUGGAGCAUCCAACUCUCCUGCCUCCUUGUUUUCUUGCUGUGGCCGAGCCUCAGGGGUGGCUUUUUCUUUUUCUGUCACAAUUCAAAGAUGGACAUGCUUUGCAGAGCUGGAGCUCAUUUAUCUGGCCUGCCCCAGAUAAUCUCAAUUUCAAUAAAUUCAGCUUUGGCCA